ACAGUUUAAAAUAACGAAACACUCAGUUGAAUCCACGCCUUCACAUGUUGUUUCGUUGCAGUCAGUUGAAUAUUAAGCAUUGUAAGACGUCUUAGCAGCGGACAGUAAGAGAAACUGUGAAGAACAAAGCUUUCACACUGAGAGUCAUGCUCCUGGUGGACCCCGGUCUGUACAUCGGAACUGCGGCUGACCUUAAUGACAGCCAGGCAUUGGUCAAUGCAGCCGUCACUCACAUCCUGUCUGUGGACUCGGUGGACCCAGCCCCUCUGCUUCCUGCUGAUUGUGGCUUUCGCAGGAAGUGGGUCAAUGUUUUGGAUGAGGUGACCUCUGACCUCCUGAGUCACAUGGACGACUGCUUCCUGUUCAUUCAGGAGGCAGUGGAUGCAGGCCGGGCUGCACUUGUCCACUGUCAGGCUGGUCGGAGUCGCAGUGCUACUAUUGUAACUGCUUAUCUGAUGAAGAGAUACAAGCUGAACUUCACUGAGGCUUACAACAGACUGAAGAGUGUCAAGCAGGAUGUGCAGGUCAACAGUGGAUUUGAGGAGCAGUUGUGUCUGUAUGAGGCCAUGCAGUGUGAAGUGGACACCUCUGGUCCUCUGUACAAACAGUACAGACUGACCAAGCUCACUGAGAAAUACCCUGAGUUGCAGCACGUGCCCAGGGAGCUGUUCGCCACUGACCCCGCUCACUGCAGCUCCUCUGAAGUGUCCUAUCGCUGCAGGAAGUGCAGACGAACUCUGUUCCGUGGCUCCAGUAUUCUCAGUCACCCAGUAGGAGAAGGAGCAUCAGCCUUUGGUCACAAGAAGUCCAGUAACCUCACUGGAGAAGUCCAGUGUACGUCAUACUUCAUAGAACCAGUGCAGUGGAUGGAACAAGCUUUACUUGGAGUGAUGGACGGACAGCUGCUGUGUCCCAAGUGUAGCUCUAAGCUGGGCUCAUUCAACUGGUAUGGGGAUCAGUGUUCAUGCGGUCGAUGGGUCACUCCGGCCUUCCAGCUGCACAGAAACAGAGUGGACGAGAUCCGGCAACUGAACAUACAGAAAUAACACACACACACACACACACACACACACACACACACACACACACAUAAAUGAACACAGACUCUGCAGGCGGAAAAAGAAAUACCACAGAGCUCAUCAACACACAAGCCAAAUAAGUGAUAUGUGACACAGACUUUUUUAAUCUUAUCCAGUUCUCCAAUUCAGAAUGAUUGAAGCAUUUUGAGCUACAUUUUCAUACAACAGCAAAUCUUCCAGUGCAAGAGUUCCCUUCAACUCAAACCAUGUAAGUGUUCUGUAAUACUUGCAUAUCAUUGUAAAUAAAAACAUACCUGUAAAUAUCAAAA